GUGGGGGUAACUGCUUUCGCCCACGGCCCACGAUUCUGGCAUCACUGAAUUAUGGCAUUGUCUCUUAUCAGGGGUAAGGGUCUGCAAUACGGAAAUACGCAGUUACGUUUCUUAUCCAGCAUCUCGACCAUGAAGAAAGGAUUGGUGCUCGGUAUAUACGAAACAGACGAUGAAAGCAACAUUUCAUUGACUCCUACGGCGGCUAAAUAUGAUGAACUAGUUAAAGGAAAACUGCAAAAAAAUAUUUUGUUAGCAGGUCCAAAAAUUCCCAAAGGUCAUGCUAGAGUAUUUUGGGGAUUGGAUGAAAAGGAUUAUGCAGGAAUUGCAGUUGUUGGUCUUGGAAAAAAGAAUCUUGGUAUUAAUCAACUUGAAGAAAUACAUGAAGGAAAUGUUGUAUUAGUGGGUUGUCGUGCACUGGAUGCAGUUGAAAUAAAAGAUAUACAAUUAGAAACAUUAGGAGAUGCAGAAGCUGCAGCAGAAGGAGCUACAUUGUCAACAUGGUUCUAUCAAGGAUUGAAAAAUAAAGAGAAGCAAAAAGUACUUCCAAAUGUUUCACUAUAUGGUGAAGAAGGAGAGGAACAAUGGCGAAUUGGAUGUAUUAAAGCUCAAGCUCAAAAUUGGGCGCGUCAUCUAGCAGAUACCCCAGCUAAUUUAAUGACGCCCACGAUAUUUUCUUCGGAAGUGUGCUCGGUGCUUACCAAAUUAGGAAUUAAUGUAAAAGUACAUGAUAAAGAAUGGGCAAAAGAGAAAAAAAUGGGUUCUUUUCUUAGUGUAUCUCACGGUAGUUGUGAACCACCAAAGUUUGUUGAAAUUCAUUACGAAGGUGCUAAUGAUAAUAAUACCCAACCAAUUGUCUUUGUUGGAAAAGGUGUUACUUUCGAUUCUGGCGGUAUCAGUCUCAAGCCUCCAGCUGAUAUGGAUGAAAUGCGUGCUGAUAUGAGCGGUGCAGCAUGUGUAGCAGCCGCUAUGCGAGCUGCCGCUGACCUUAAAUUAAAACUGAAUAUCAUUGGUUUGAUACCACUUACUGAAAAUUUACCUUCUGGAACUGCAACUAAACCAGGAGACGUUGUAGUUGCAAUGAAUGGAAAAAGUAUCAUUGUAGAUAACACCGAUGCGGAAGGUCGACUUAUCCUUGCUGAUGCACUUUACUAUGCUCAUGAAUUUAAUCCAAGCUUUAUCCUGGAUAUUGCAACACUAACGGGUGCUAUGAGAAUUGCUUUAGGAGGAGCAGCAACUGGAGUUUUUACAAAUAAUGGUACACUUUUUGAGAAAUUAAAAAAUGCUGGUACUCUUACUGGUGAUAGAAUGUGGAGACUUCCACUUUGGCAGCAUUUCACGGAUGAAAUGACAAAGAAAGUUAACUCAGCUGAUGUGAGAAAUGUUGCGAAAACCAAAGGUGGUGGUUCAUGCACCGCAGCUGCUUUUUUACGCGAAUUCGUCCCAAAUAAUACACCUUGGAUGCAUUUAGAUAUUGCAGGAGUAAUGGGUCCUGGGCCUGAUAAGUUACCAUAUAUACCGGCUGGAAUGACAGGUCGUCCGACUCGUACGCUUAUCCAGUUUUUACAGGCAUUGUGUUAAAAUUUACAACUAUUUUUAAGUUGUAUGGUGCAAGUUUAUCUAUUUUUAUAUAUAUACACGUAUUGAUAUGUGUAUACACACAUGUAUAUAUGUAUAUAUAACUUUGUCUCUCUCUCUAUAUAUAUACAUAUAUAUGUACGUAUACACACAUUUUAUCUAUAUAUACUGCCCACCUCCCUUCUUACAUUCCGACAUUUAUAUAAACACAUUAGAGUUGAAUACAACGAAUUAAGUCAAUCGGAAUGUAAAAGAAAAUCGAGUCUUACACAUCUUAUCAAAUUUUGUAACCAUUAUAUUUGUGUACAGAAUUAUAUCUUUACAGUACAGCAAUACCUAGUACAAAUCUA